GAAGGACGUGUUUGCAGCCUCGUCUCUCAGAGAGACGCGUGGAGGAGGAAGGGGAAGCCAGGACGGCUCAUUCAUCCGUUGAGAAGGUCAGCAAGGAUCGGAGGUGCAGGUCAGUCGUGUUGGCACCAUGCACUCCGCGGGGGACAACUAACUCCCAAAGAUGAGUCACCAACGGAGUCAUCCAGUGGCUCAGCACCUCAGCUGGGACCGCUGAACCGCUCGCCUACCUGGGUCACCUGUCUGCCUCUUCCAGCAAGGAGUCGUCAUCUGGACAUCCAAAGCCUGCAGCCUCACAGUGCCGCUUCUCUGGCCCAUGCAAGAUGACCAGAGAGGGAGCCCCGGUCCAGCUCGACCCGAAUGCAUGACGCUCCGGGCGGCCCCGUCAUGCGUUUCUCAUGCGAGCCCAGCACCCACUCCCUGCAACUUCUCUUCCUCUUCAUCUUCGUGAUGGGGGUGGCCCCCUCGCCGGCUUUGACCGCUGGCUGCCCCGACAGGUGUGUGUGCGACGACCAGCUGGUGGUCCAGUGUGCCGGGCAGGAUCUGGUCCUGUUCCCGAGCGACCUACCCCUGGCUACCCGGCAGCUCAUCAUCUCCAACAAUCGCAUUGUAGAUCUGCCAGCGCUGCAGCUCAACUACUUGUCUGAUCUGGUUUACCUGGAUUGCAGUAACAACUCCCUCACCGAAAUCUCAGAGUCCACCUUCGGGAACUUGCGCAAACUCGCCUACCUGGACUUGUCCUUCAACAUCUUGCUACAGAUUGAGGACCGGACUUUCGGGCCGCUGGCAUCCCUCGUCAUGCUGCGCCUGACAGAUAACCCCGGUCUCGGAGAGAUCCACCCGGAUGCCUUCUCGGAGAACGUGGCUCUGCAGGUUCUGGAUGUGAGCCGGAACAACCUGACGGUCCUCAACAUCAGUGGUCUGAUCAGUCUGCCGGCUCUGAGGUCUCUGGGCCUCAGCGGGAACCCGUGGAAGUGUGACUGUGACACAGAGGACCUCUGCCUUUGGGUACAGAUAGAGGGCUUCAAAUUCCAAGACGAGGGCCAGACCGUUUGCCACAGCCCCCCCGAGCUGUCCGGCCGGCGGCUGGCCGAGGUGGGCAUGCAGCUGCGGGUGGACUGCCACCAAGGCCUGGGCUACUGGGACUACCUCUUCUUCAUCGCCAUCGGCUUCGUCAUCUUCUCGGCGGGCACCGUGUCCGCCUGGGUGAUGGGCGUGCUGAUGGUGCUUUACGAGCGCUAUAGCAAGCGCAAGAGCGAGGAGCUGGACAGCGACGACGAGGAUGACAGGGGGGCAGGAGGAGGAGGAGGAGGAGGAGGGAACAAGGGCAACGGGGACAUGAGCAAGCCUGGCAUGCAGGUUUGAAUGGACCAAUGACCCGAGACCAAAGACUCUGCAAAUGCUACACAUUUAGAUACUGCAGCUACGCUCCUCAACACAUUGGACUGAGUGUGCGUGUGCGUGUGAGUGUGAGUGUGCGUGUGCGUGUGCGUGUGCGUGUGCGUGUGCGUGUGCGUGUGCGUGGUGAGUGACGGACGACUUUAAGGAAGACUAACUGUAUGCCUUCAACUCGAGAAUAGGAAAUGACCCAUGACAGUAUUGACAGCAAUAACUUAAUAACCACGUCUCCUGAGAAUUUAGUAAGAUUUACGACAAAUAAGUACAGCACAAACACUUUCAAUACUGCAAUUUCUUCUACCUGUUAUUUUGAAGCCCCCUUUAGAAUCAUUUAAUUUGAGAUUUAUGCAAAUUAUUUUAUUUUUUGAUAUACAUUAAAAGAGUCAACAUGCUCCUUCUGCACUGUUGAUUUAUUUUGCCCCCGUUUCAUAUUAAUAACAUUUUUAAUGUCCAUUUUGUAACUGUUUUUGCGUUGUGUACUCUCAAAGAACAGCUACACACAAUAACCUGCAUAGAAAACGUUCUAGAGCUUCCAGAAUCUGCACCUAUUCCAACUGUAUUUCCUUGAAUUUGUGCUUCCUGCCAAAGCGGUCUGUUUUAAUUUAUUCCACCCACGGCCCACCUCCAGGUAAGCCCACUCCGCUGUGAUUGGUCACACUCCUAAAGUACAUCCUAACUUUGUCACUUUGUCAGAGGCACCGUUAGAGCCAUAGAGCGCAGAAGCCACAUGUAUACUAACAGCAGACAAUCUUGGCAAAUCAUCGGUAGUGGAAAUGUGAUUAUCACACGUUUUUUGCGGGACUACAAGACAUUGGUGAGCACCGUGGUUCUACACCUUCGUGGACGCACAGCAUGUCAGACAUUAAUACAUCUUUCCGGGAAGAGCACACUGCUUCUAGCUUCACUAUAGUUUGGCGGAUAUUUCACGUUCAUGCUCACAAAAACUGUCCCAUGUAAAAUGCAGUUGAGCUGGGAAUCACCAAAUCCAAUAACUUUUACUCUUGUAAACAGAGAAGGGGAGCUUGGGGAAGGGUGGGCGAAGCAGAGCUUGGGAGAGGGCAGACAGCGUAUCUCGCUUACAGCCACGCCCAUAUAAGGAAGCCCGCUCCUCUGAUACCGAGCGUUUCCAAGGUACUUCCAUUUUUCAACCCCAACUGAUGGCAUAGGCGAGAACCAUGGAUUCGGAUUUGGAGGUACUGAUUCUCAUCCAGGCUGUCUCACACUCGGCUCCGAACCGAUCCAGUGAGAGUUUGACAUCACGGCUCAAAGAAGCCAGCGGGACCACAUCAUCUGCAAAAAGCAGAGACCCAAUCCUGCAGCCACUAAACCGGAUGCCCUCAAUGUUCUGGCUGUGUCUAGAAAUUCUGUCCUUAAAAGUAAUGAACAGAAUUGGUGACAAAAGGCAGCCAACACUCACAGGAAAUUCAACCGACUUAUUGCCGGCAAUGCAAACCAAACACACUGGUCAUACAGGGAACGAACCACCUGAAUUAGGCGGUCCGGUACCCCAUGUUCCUUGAGGAACAUGCUCUAAUGCCUUCUCCAACUCCACAAAACACAUGUAGACUGGUAGACACCAGACUAUGGAGUUGGUCCCUCACAAUCACGCCUCUCCCUGUACACAUUUAUUUUAUUUUAUCUAUUAUUGUACUGCAUUUUUUUCAUUUUACUACAGCAUUUAUCCCUUCCAAAAAAGCUUCAUGCUCUUUUCUACUUAAACUACAAGUGACUAAAACAACAGAAUGGUGGAAUGAGAUUGUAAAAAGGAAGGAAAUUAAUGAUUCGAAAAGUUGUGGAAGUUGAAUAAACGCACACAAAUAUGUAAACAAAAUACAAUGCGGAUACCCCCGCCCAACCUCCCACGCUAAACAACAUGAAUAUAAAAUAUAUUUGUGGUACAAAAACAAUCUGUGGUAAGCUACCUUUAAUGUCAUUGCGUGUGUGCAGCUGACACACGGUUAUUAAGUUCCACUGGAUGCUCCAACCUGUCCUUGUGGAAGAAGUGAAUCAGGCUAACGCACGGAGACCAUGUCAGGGCGAUCGAGUCCGUUGCGUGGCUUAAACGUGAAUCUAAGUGACUGCGAGGCGCGUUUGGCUGACCUCAUGUUGUUCCUCUGUGAGUGUGUGUGUGUGUGUGUGUGUGUGUGUUAAAGUGGGGCAGAGCGGUCAAACGGCAUCUCCCUGAGUAGCCUGGACGACUGAUCCAUGAGUUCAUCAUCCAAACCAUUCAACGGUCCUGCUGUUCCUACCUCUGCCAAAAAGUUGGGUUGCAAGCAAGACUUCACAAAAAGUACUUAAACAAUGAAACUUGGAAACGGGCUAAGGAAAAACGUACUAAAUUUGGGCUAUUAUGGAUUUCUAGGAAUAUUUGUUGUCAAUUUCUUCCCGUACUCUAAAUUAUCAAUGAAAGCAGAAAUGUUAAUGAAGGCCUAAUCUGUAUGGAAUGAUAACACAAUCAAAGGUUCAAUCUAACACUUGUUAAACCUUAAAAUGCUCACUGAAUGCAGGAUGUUUUUUUGGUUGAACAAACGGAAAUCCAAACAAGAUUCAAUCCAUCUUCUAUGCUGGUUAUCCUCAUUAGGGUCAUGGUGGUAUGCUGGCUCCGGGCGAGAGGCGGGGUACACCCUGGACUGGUGGCCAGCCAAUCACAGUGCACAUAUAGACAAACAACCAUUCACACUCAAUUUGGAGUCACCAAUUAACCUAGCAUGUUUUUGGAAUAUUCCGGAGUAGCCAGACAAAACUCCACACAAAGAUGUACAACAGUCAUUCAAACCCAGAUCUUCCAGAUCUCCCGACUCAGUGGCGAACAUGCUAACCACAAGAAGAAAUAACUGAAAUGUUUUUUUAAAAUGCUUAUUUUUAACUAACAAUACAUUUUCACUUUCUAUAUGCGACCAAGUACUUUUUCAGAUAUGGAAAAUAAUCUGCCAAAAGAACAAGAAAAUAUUUGUAUUUUGCUUGAAGCAUUUUGGCAAGCCAACUUUUAUAGAACAAUUUCCAUAAGUCAUUGAGCAUGUGUCUAGUGAUGGUAAAACACUGAGGAUACUUGCAUGUCUUACAAAGCACCUUGCUUAGACGUGUUAGAUGUUGCAGUGUAUAAGGGUUAUGAGACAAGUUAUUGGUACACAUUAGUUUCUCGCAUUUGAGUCACCGCUCUGUAUUCAAUAUAAAACCCUGUAUGGGGGAUAGAAAGGACGCAGAAGAGUCAUCAGAACACUUGCUCUUUUUCAAUUAGCCACUGUAAUCUUUAGUCCAAAUGUGUCAAGCCUACUGAGGUUCAUCAUCUUCAUCCACACACACACACACACACACACACACACAUAUAAAUACACACAGUCUUCCAGCCUCAAUCUGUCGCGCGCUUGUGCACACACAAAUUGACAACCACGUGCACGGCGAACCUCAAGGGCGCAGUUAAAGUCAGAGCGUCAACAUUAGAGCUGCUUGUUUUUCUUGCUCUCUCUCUUGUCAUGCAUCACCACCUACCCUCCAUCUUCAUUCUGACACACACACACACACACACACACACACACACACACACACACACACACACACACACACGUGCAGUGUAAUGUGGGGAAAGGAGCUCAUGGAUGUUUGUUUUUUUUUGUGCGUGGACCAGCCAUAAUGUCUUCAACAGUUGCACCACAAGAACAUUUCCGUGUUAAAACGUGAGUCGUUAUCUCUUCAUUUGCACGCAAGAGAGCUCAUCUGGCCUGACAGGAACACAACCUCAUCGUCACACACAUCAAGCUGCUAUAUGAAGGCAACGUGACUUCAAAGUGGCCAUCAAAGCCUGCAUGACCACUUCACAUUAUGAACGGAAACCCCAAUGAUAAACAAUAUUGCUACCUUCGGGUUAUUGUUUUUGCGAAGGCAGACAUUUUCCAUUAGAGGCAGCGUGCAGAUGAAUAAGACGUAAUGAAGUGUCCAAUGAGUGUUAAUAACUGCAGUUUUGAAAACUUCACACAGGGUUGGGGUACACCCUGGACUGGUCGCAGAUUCCAUUACAUUUACCUCAUUUGUAUAAGCCUUUAAGCGCCUUAAUUUAAUGUCAUUCAAAUUUUGCUUCAGUGCUUAAAUUGUAUUACUUUUAAUGAUUUGCCCACACACAAGCAACAUGCUCCUUUAUAUACAGAUGCAUUUGCAGUUGCAAUAUGUUUGCUUGCAGCAACCUUCAGAACAAAAUAAUCAUAUUCACAUGUAAACAAUUAAAAUUAAAUAAAUACAGUUUAAUUAUAUUUUAUUGUGUUAUUUUCUGUCUAUUUUUUUAUUUCAAGAUCUCUCUCUCUCUCUCUCUAUAUAUAUAUAUAUAUAUAUAUAUAUAUAUAUAUACACACAUAUAUAUGCUGUCAUUGUCAUGGCUCGCAAAAGGUCUUCAAAUGCAACAAAACCAAAGGGUCCUCACUGUGUGCGUGUGUG